CUCCCAAAGUGCUGGGAUUAUAGGCAAUAGCCACUGUGCCUGGUCCCUGGCAGUUUUUACACUUUCUGUGAAGCUCAAUUUCUUAUUUCUCUGUUUCCUCUGUGGCUACUCUAAAAAAGUACUGCAAAGCGGGUGGUUCAAAUGACAGAAGUUAAUUUUCUCACAGGUCUGGAGACUAGACAUUCAAAAUCAAGGUGCGGGCAGGGUUAGUUCCUUCUGAGGACCGUGAGGCUGAGUCUGUUCCAUGUCCCUCUCCGAGCUUCUGGCAGUGGUUGUCUCAAACAUUUGUUGGAUGGCAGGUGGCAUCUUCCCUGUAUCCUCACAUCAUCUUAUCCCUGUGUAUGUCUGUCUCUGUGUUCAAAUUUCCGCUCCUUGUAAACAGAAACAUCAUAUUGAAUUAGCACCCACCUCAGUGACCUCAUUUUAACUUGAUUUUGUCUGUAGCAACUUUAUUUCCAAAUAAGUUCACAUUCUGAGCAACUCGUGGUUAAGACUUCAACAUAUAUUUCGGAGACAUGCAGUUCAACUCAUGAUAGCCUCUACAUGAAAUUUUAAUAACUUAGAUAUAUUCUAUGUUGGUUUAUGUACUGCAUUUAUAUCUGUCUGCACUUUAUACAUAGGAAGGGUAUGUAUAAAACUUGUUCUUUUUAUUCAGUGCAGAGUUAAGCAUGACUAAAUAAAAAUGCUUAGGUAAAAGCUAACUUAAGAAACUUAAAGCUAGUCAAAAUCACUUGAAUUUUUAACUGUACUUAUUGGGUGUGGUACACAGACGGUAAGAUGACUCCCAGUUAUCCCACCCUUAUGUAACUCAGUUGUGUGUGACAUGCUUCUAUCUGAUAGAAUAUGGCCAAAGUGAUGGGCUGUCAUCACCUUGAGUGUGUUAAGUUGUAUAAGAUCCAUCACGCUAGAGUUUUUCUUGCUUCUGACCUUAAAGAAGCAAGGAGCCAUGUUGCACACUGCCUGUGAGAAGGCCCACAUGGCAAGGAACUGAGGGAAGCCCCUAGAAGUUGAGGGUCCUAGUCCUACAACCACAAAGACCUGAAUUCUGCCAACAGCCUGAGUGAACUUAGAAUAAACACUUCCCCAGUCAAACCCCCAGAUAAGACCACAGUCUAGCUGGCACCUUGAGUGGAGCUUGCUGAGCCCCUGAAUCAGAGAACCCAGCUAAGUGAUAUCUGAAGUACAGAUUGACAGAAGCUGUGAAAUAAUUAAUACAUGUUGUUUUCAGCCACCAAGUUUGUGGCCAUUUGUUAUUCAGUGAUAGAAAAUGAAUACACUGAGUAAGAUUGCAAAACCAUUCAAAAUAAAGUCCUCCAUUGUUUUGUAGAACUUAUUUGUUUAUAAGGUGUACAACUGGAUUUUUUUUCACAUUUUAUUUUAGUUUUAAUUGACAAAUAAUAAUUGUAUAUAUUUAUGUGGUAUAAUGUGAUGUCCUUAUACAUGUAUAUACAGUGAAAUGAUCAGGCUAAUUAAUAUAUCCAUCACCUCACAUACUUUUCACAUGUUUUUUAAUCAGGCUAAUUAAUAUAUCUAUCAUCUCACAUACUUAUCCCGUUUGUGGUAAGAACAUUUAAAAUCUACUCUUUUAGCAAUUUUGAAGUAUACAUGAACUACAGUCACCAUUCUGUGCAAUAGAUCACCAGAACCUAUCCCUCAUGUCUAACUACAACGUUAUAGACUUUGACCAGCAUCUCCCAUUUCCUUGUCCAACUCCCCACCACCCUAGACCCUGGGAACCACAUUCUAUUCCUUACUUCUUUGAGUUAGCCUUUUUGCAUUCCACAUAUAAUUUGCAGUAUUUGUCUUUCUGAGCCUGGCUUAUUUCACACCAUAAUAUUCAUGGUGUCAUAAAUGACAGAAUUUUCUGCUUUUUAAAGGCUAAGUAGUAUUCCUCUGUGUGUGUGUGUGUGUGUAAUCACAAUUUUAUUAAUUUAUACAUUGAUGGACACUUCUGUUGUUUCUCUAUUUUGGCUAUCAUGAAUAACACUGCAAUUUUGGAGAACUUAUCUUGUGGACAGUUUGUGUAUCUGCCAUGAACUCAAUGUCAGUGCAGUUUGUGUGAUACCCAAGGACGCAUGAGAAGAGCAAUUAAGUAUUAAGGAAUAAGAUUUUGUUGGAUAGGAUUAAGCAUCGACAAACAAACCAUUGUAAUAGCUAAGAUAUUCCUACACUCCAAAAAGCAAUUGUCACCUUUUACGGAAAAUAGCCACUUCAUUGAGCAUGCAGGCCUCAGUGUUUACUCUGAAGAGGUGAAUGAGUGGCCUUUCACACAAUAGAAGGCUUGGUAUGGGAGGGAGCUGCUUGCCUCCAUAUGCAAGUCACUCUCUGAACUUAAUAUGUUGGUUAUCAACACACUGUCCUUCACUUGGGGCUGUAUCCCUGAUACUGAGACAAUUAAAAAAAAUAUGACCCAAAUUCUAUUUUGCAUUUUCUCACUUAAUAAAAAUACAUUCAUAUAUUCAUUUAAAAUAUGUUUAUAUAGUGCCUCAUAUAUUGCAGGCCAUCCUCAUAUCCCGAUACGGAAGGAAAGUGCCAUUCUUCUAUUUGUGCACUGGUCCCUUUCCCUUCAUCUCACAUGGCACCCAGCACUGUAAUUUUUAUAUGACUGGUACCAUCACAUGAUGCUGAAAUUAAGCUAUCAUAUUUAGAUCCCACCUUAACCUACAACCAGACCCUCAGAGCAUCUUGAGUCAGACAGAGAACAUGAGAGAUGAUUCCAAGUUUCUUUCCAGGACCUUCAGAUGAAGAGUUCCAGGUGAACCAGCCUCAGACUUUAGUGUCAGUCAACCCUGGAGAUGUCCUAACUCUGGCCUGCAACAUGUCUGCUCUGUCCCCAUCAGGGCCUGUCUUGUGGUUCAAGAGCACUGGGCCAGAACAACAAUUAAUCUAUAGUUUCAAUGGAAGCCACUUCCCCAGAGUAACUCCAGUGGAAAACACAACAGUCGAUCAAACUGACUAUUCCAUUCGCAUCAGUGACGUGUUGCCGGAAGAUGCUGGCACCUACUACUGUGUGAAGUUAAGGAUAGGACACCCUGACAUGGAGUUUUUCUCUGGCCCAGGCACCAUCGUGUAUGUGAAUGGAGCCACACGUGUGUUCCAUGUGCAACAAGCUGAGAUAUCACAGACUGCAUUAACUGGGGAGUCAAUCACCUUGAGUUGCAGCGUACCAGAAACCUUACCAGAUGGACCUGUCUUGUGGUUCAAGGGAACAGGGCCAGACCGGAAAUUAAUCUACAAUUUCAAACAAGGUCACUUUCCCAGAGUAAACGAGAUUGGAGACACCACCAGGCCUGGCAACACAGACUUUUCCAUCCGCAUCCACGAAAUCUCUCUUGCAGAUGCUGGCACCUAUUACUGCGUGAAGUUCAUAAAAGGGAAACCUAUCAAGGAGUACCAAUCAGGUCAGGGAACUCAGGUGUUUGUUACUGGUGAGUAUGUCUCCUAUACCCCAUGCCCCCUGGUGUAUGAAAUCACCUCAGCAGUUAUGUCUUCUUUUCAUUCAAUAAUUGCUAUAUGCCAAAUAUUAUCGAAGAUACAACAUACAUUUGAUCUUUUUAAUUCUCUCAGCAAGCUAUGCAUUAGAUAUUUUACAGGAAGAAAAAACUGAAAAGGGUUGAGUGAUGAAAGCUAUUUUGGUUGAUUUCUCAAUAUUUAAUACACCCUCAAUGACUAACCUAAGCCAACUAGGAUAAUUCCAUGUCCCCUGCUAGAGGCUUACUCAAAUAUGGGGUGAACUUGGCUAGUCUGGGUCUAUAAGAGAAAAAGACAGGCUUGCAGAGAAAUCUGGGUAUCUAAAGUAAUUCUUCCCCUUGUUGGCUGGAAACAAGCAAUUGUGAAUCUCCAGGUGCUUUAGGCAGACAUCUUAAGACCGUAAGUGGAACCAAGACAAAAAGAAGUCUACAUGAGUGCAGAUAUGUAACAAGUGUGGGUUGACAAUAUGCACAACCAUACUGCUCCUCUUUCUAACCUCACCUCUGGACUUCCAAUAAUGUGAAAGAAAACAUCUCCUUGCUAA